UAAAAGUGUGUGACUGAAUUCCCGAUGCAAGAUGGCUGCGUCCAUGGCUCGGCGUUUAUGGCUUCUCUUAGUUCGUCGAGAGUUCCGGCCCGGGGGAAGUUGCAUGUGCAUUCCGAAUCCAAAGAGAAGUUUUGCUACGGAGAAACGGCAACGGAACCUCUUGUACGAGCACGCGCGCGAGGGGUACAGCGCUCUGCCUCACCUGGACAUGGAGCCUCUGUGCGCAUGCCCAGAAGAGGCGGCGCGCUUACUGGAGCUCCGCAAGGGGGAGCUGCGACCGGCCGACCUACCCGCGAUCAUUUCCACAUGGCAAGAGCUGCAGCAGCUGCAGAAGCAGAUCCGGAGACUGGAGGCAGAGAAGGAGGCUGUGGCUGAGGCUGUGCGGAGCCUGCUGGUAAACAACAACAGCAGCCAAGUGCAGAAGGACCCCCAGUACUUAGGUCUGAGGACACAGGGCCGGGAAAUCCGGAUGCAGCUCUCACUCCUCUACCCCAGAGAGACCCAGCUGGAAGAGCAGUUCUACCUGCAGGCCUUGAAGCUGCCCAACCAGACUCACCCAGAUGUGCCCGUCGGGGAUGAGAGCCAUGCCCGAGUGCUCCGUGUGGUCGGAGACAAACCAGCUUUCUCCUUCCGACCCCGGGGCCACCUGGAAAUUGGCGAGAAACUUAACAUCAUCCGCCAAAGGCGCCUGUCCCACGUGUCGGGCCAUCGCUCCUACUACCUGCGAGGCGCUGGGGCCCUCCUGCAGCAUGGGCUGGUCAGCUUCACUCUCAGCAAGCUCGUGCGCCGGGGCUUCAUUCCCAUGACGGUGCCAGACCUCCUGCGGGGAGCCGUGUUUGAAGGCUGCGGGAUGACCCCCAAUGCCAACCCCUCUCAAAUCUACAACAUCGACCCCGCGCGCUUCCCAGACCUCAACCUGGCCGGGACGGCAGAGGUGGGUCUGGCAGGCUACUUCAUGGACCACGCCGUGGCCUUCAGGGACCUGCCAAUCAGGAUGGCAUGCUCCAGUACCUGCUACCGGGCCGAGACAGACACAGGGAAGGAGCCCUGGGGGCUGUACCGGGUCCACCAUUUCACCAAAGUGGAGAUGUUUGGGGUGACAGGCCCCGGGCUGGAGCAGAGCUCGCAGCUGCUUGAUGAGUUCCUGGCCCUGCAGGUGGAACUGCUGACUGAGCUGGGCCUGCACUUCCGGGUCUUGGACAUGCCCACCCAGGAACUGGGCCUUCCUGCCUACCGGAAGUUUGAUAUUGAGGCUUGGAUGCCAGGCCGAGACUGCUUUGGAGAGGUCACCAGCGCCUCCAACUGCACGGAUUUCCAAAGUCGCCGGCUGCAUAUCAUGUUCCAGACCGAGGCUGGAGAGCUACAGUUCGCCCACACGGUGAAUGCCACGGCCUGUGCUGUUCCCCGACUCCUUAUUGCCCUCCUAGAGAACAACCAGCAAAAGGACGGGUCGGUCCUCGUGCCCCCUGCCCUCCAGCCCUAUGUGGGCAGCGAUCGGAUUACAGCCCCCACGCACGCACCACUCCUGUACAUCGGCCCCAAUCAGCCCCAGAAGCCCCGGCUCCCCGGCCAGCCGGCGUCCAGCUGAGGACUGGCUGAGCCCAGCCAGUGGGGCUUGUCACCAAUUCCUGGGACUCCAGAGGCCAGGAUACCUGGGGACCUGCAUCCCUGAGCCCAUUCCAACCUCAGCAUCUUGAGUGCCUGGACUUCAAGAUCUUCCUUCCUCCUCUUCUUCCUCAGCCCUCAGAACCAGACAGCAGCGCUGAGCACUGCAGCCCAGCCUGCACAAGGAGGCAGGAUAUCCAGGGGUGGGAAGUUGAAGGUCCCCUAAUAAAUGGUCAAAACAAA